AUGAUUGGACGAGCGGACCCCUCAGAUCGAGUUCCGCAUGUAGAUAGACAAGACACGACGAAUGAUGUUGAAAUAAGCUCUCCAGUAACUAGCAAGGAUCAAGAUGUUACCGAGGUAGAGAACCAUACAAAUGGGACUCACGGAAGUGUAAAUGGAAACACAAUCCCAAACAAUUAUGAAAGUUCAAUUGAUGAAUCAAAAAGAAAUGGCAAUACAAUUGAAAAUACAAAUACAGCCGCUAAUCGCAAUGGAGCCACUAAUGAUAACGACUCAGAGGUUCUGUCCGAUGACGAGUACCUUGUCAGCGAUGAUGAUGAACUCAACGCCUUUCUCGCUUCAGACUCGAUCCACUAUCCUAAUAGUUUAUCCGAACAUGCCGCAUAUUUAUCCAAUACUUUAUCCCAUGCUCUUGAUUCACUUGAACUAGACAAAUCUCUCGUGCUACAGGCUCAAAUCAGUGGAAAGCUCAACAACCAGAACCAGAUGUUGGUGGAAAAGAAUGCUGAACUUGGAGCACGAUUAAAACGCUUAAGGCAAUUGUAUAAUGAUAAUUUUGUAGUCAGACAGGAUCUGGCUUUGAAGGUCAAGCUCAGUAAAGUCGACCAGAUGAAGAACGAUCUCGCAGCUAUUGAACAGAGAAUUGCGAGAUUGAAAAUGGGCGAGAACAAAAGCUCUUAUUUACCCUUUCUCAGAUCUACUCAUCAUACCCAGAUAGGAGUAGCGAAAAAAUACCCUAUAGAGUACAACCAGGCCAAGACGAAAGUGCUAGAAAGACAAAUAGAGGAUCUAUGA